AGCGGCCCGGCGCAGGAGGGAGGCGCCGUGCGCGGCCCGACUCCCCGGGCGCCGCCGCUGAGGGGACAGCGGCCGCCUCCGCGCUCCCGGCGGAUCGGCUGCGCUCGGCUCUGCUCGCUGGCUCAGGGCUUGCAUGCUGUGGCACUGAGGUUGCACCACGCCGCGCACUAUGCUUAUGUUUUGAAAUCAAGAUUGAUUAACCAACACGGAAAGACCCAGCUGGUUAUGUGACUUGGAACCCUGUUUAUGAAGCACUCAUUCGUUUUUAGAAGACAAGAGCACAGUCCAGAGGAAGAAAUGACCAUGUAGAUUCUACAGCUUGGGUGCAGCAUAAUGGGAAAUGGUGAAUGGAGUGGAGCUGGUCUGCAGCCUUGAAAGCAGCUGUUCUGUGGACCACUAGUCAGUCAGGGACACCUUGCAUGCCAGAGGCAUCCAACACGUUGCUCACCGGACACACACUGGAUUCUUUUUAAUUUCUUAGAUUGGAAUUCCAGAUUCCUUUCCUUCAAUUUUUAAACAAUUUUAAGAUUGUAUCAACUAUAACAACUGGAGCAAUAUAAUCAGCAACAAUGGGUGACAUGACAAAUAGCGAUUUUUAUUCCAAGAACCAAAGAAAUGAGGCCAACCAUGCAGGAGAGUUUGGGUGCACACUGCAAGAACUGCGCUCCCUCAUGGAACUCCGAGGAACGGAAGCAGUAGUAAAAAUUAAAGAGACCUAUGGGGAAACAGAGGGGCUCUGCAGACACCUGAAGACAUCACCAACAGAAGGAUUAGCUGGCACUGCUGCAGACCUAGAAAAAAGAAAGCUUAUUUUUGGAAAAAAUUUUAUACCUCCAAAGAAGCCAAAAACAUUCAUACAGCUAGUCUGGGAAGCAUUGCAGGAUGUGACUCUUAUCAUCUUGGAAAUUGCAGCCAUCAUAUCUUUGGGGCUUUCGUUUUAUCAGCCACCUGGAGAAGGGAAUGAAGGGUGUGGUACUGCAACAGGAGGAGCUGAAGAUGAAGGUGAGGCUGAAGCUGGCUGGAUUGAAGGUGCUGCCAUCCUACUUUCUGUUAUCUGUGUUGUACUUGUCACUGCCUUCAAUGACUGGAGCAAGGAGAAGCAAUUUCGUGGACUUCAAAGUCGUAUUGAGCAGGAGCAGAAGUUUACUGUUGUCCGAGGUGGACAGGUUAUUCAGAUCCCAGUGGCAGAGAUAGUAGUUGGUGACAUUGCACAGGUGAAAUAUGGUGAUCUUCUACCUGCUGAUGGGAUCUUUAUUCAAGGAAAUGACCUUAAAAUUGAUGAAAGCUCUUUGACUGGAGAGUCAGACCAAGUCCGCAAGUCUGUUGACAAAGACCCAAUGCUCCUGUCAGGUACUCACGUCAUGGAAGGCUCUGGACGAAUGCUUGUGACCGCUGUGGGUGUGAAUUCUCAGACAGGCAUCAUCUUUACUCUGCUAGGUGCUGGGGGAGAAGAAGAAGAAAAGAAAGACAAGAAAGAUUCUUCCCAUCCCUCCUCCCACCCUCCUUCAGCUACAGAUGGUGCAACAGGUGCAAAUGCCACUGAUAGUGCAAAUGCCAGCUUAGUCAAUGGCAAAAUGCAGGAUGGGAAUAUGGAGAACAGCCAGAACAAAGCCAAGCAGCAGGAUGGGGCUGCUGCCAUGGAGAUGCAACCACUGAAGAGUGCAGAAGGGGGAGAGGGAGAUGACAAAGACAAGAAGAAAUCCAACAUGCACAAGAAAGAGAAAUCUGUUCUUCAGGGGAAACUAACCAAGCUGGCAGUCCAGAUAGGCAAAGCAGGUCUGGUGAUGUCUGCCAUCACUGUAAUCAUUUUGGUACUAUAUUUUGCCAUUGACACAUUUGUGGUCAACAAGAAACCGUGGUUGCCUGAGUGCACUCCUGUCUAUGUUCAGUAUUUUGUUAAAUUCUUCAUUAUUGGUGUUACUGUACUUGUGGUUGCUGUUCCUGAGGGACUUCCACUUGCUGUCACUAUUUCUCUGGCUUAUUCUGUAAAGAAAAUGAUGAAGGAUAACAAUCUGGUCCGCCACUUAGAUGCUUGUGAAACUAUGGGUAAUGCUACAGCCAUCUGCUCCGACAAAACAGGGACGCUAACAACCAACCGGAUGACAGUCGUCCAAGCCUAUGUUGGUGACGUCCACUACAAAGAGAUCCCUGACCCAGAUUCUGUACCCGCCAAAACCCUGGAGUUGCUGGUUAACGCAAUUGCUAUCAACAGCGCUUAUACUACCAAAAUUCUGCCACCAGAAAAAGAGGGUGGUCUGCCUCGCCAGGUGGGCAAUAAGACAGAAUGUGGCCUCUUGGGAUUUGUCCUGGAUUUGAAGCAGGAUUAUGAGCCUGUUCGGAACCUCAUCCCCGAGGAGAAACUCUAUAAAGUUUACACCUUCAACUCUGUGAGAAAGUCAAUGAGUACUGUCAUUAAAAUGCCAGAUGGCAGCUUCCGAAUGUACAGCAAAGGAGCUUCGGAAAUUGUUCUAAAGAAGUGUUCCAGGAUCCUUAAUUCAGCUGGUGAACCUCGUAUCUUCAGACCACGGGACCGAGACGAAAUGGUGAAGAAGGUGAUUGAACCUAUGGCCUGUGAUGGACUGAGAACCAUCUGCGUUGCUUUCCGAGACUUCAACAGCAGCCCAGAGCCUGACUGGGACAAUGAGAAUGACAUUUUAUCUGACCUGACUUGCAUUUGUGUCGUUGGCAUUGAAGACCCAGUAAGGCCAGAGGUCCCAGAAGCCAUAAGAAAGUGCCAGCGAGCUGGGAUUACAGUCCGCAUGGUUACUGGAGACAACAUCAAUACAGCACGUGCCAUUGCCAUAAAAUGUGGAAUCAUUCAUCCAGGAGAAGACUUUCUCUGCCUCGAGGGGAAAGAGUUUAACAGAAGGAUCCGGAAUGAGAAGGGAGAGAUUGAGCAAGAGCGGAUUGACAAAAUCUGGCCAAAGCUUCGAGUGCUUGCUCGCUCAUCUCCCACGGACAAGCACACUCUGGUGAAAGGGAUUAUUGACAGCACACAGGUGGAACAGAGACAGGUUGUAGCUGUGACUGGUGAUGGAACCAAUGAUGGACCAGCACUUAAAAAAGCUGAUGUUGGCUUUGCAAUGGGUAUUGCUGGAACAGAUGUUGCAAAGGAAGCCUCAGAUAUCAUCCUAACAGACGACAAUUUCAGUAGCAUUGUGAAGGCUGUGAUGUGGGGACGCAACGUCUAUGACAGCAUUUCCAAGUUCCUGCAGUUUCAGCUCACUGUUAACAUUGUGGCUGUGAUUGUGGCUUUCACUGGUGCAUGCAUUACCCAGGACUCUCCUCUAAAAGCUGUACAGAUGUUGUGGGUCAAUCUAAUCAUGGACACCUUUGCCUCACUGGCGCUAGCCACUGAACCUCCAACAGAAGCUCUUUUGCUCAGAAAGCCAUAUGGGAGGAACAAACCUCUUAUAUCCCGCACCAUGAUGAAGAAUAUUCUGGGCCAUGCUGUUUAUCAGCUUACUCUCAUAUUUACGCUUCUUUUUGUCGGUGAGAAAAUGUUUAAGAUUGACAGCGGGAGGAAUGCACCACUUCACUCUCCUCCUUCAGAGCAUUACACCAUUAUCUUCAACACCUUUGUCAUGAUGCAGCUUUUCAAUGAGAUCAAUGCACGGAAAAUCCAUGGCGAAAGAAAUGUCUUCGAUGGCAUCUUCAGAAACCCCAUAUUUUGCACUAUUGUACUGGGUACAUUUGCUAUUCAGAUAGUAAUUGUUCAGUUCGGAGGAAAGCCAUUUAGCUGUUCUCCCCUGCAGCUUGACCAGUGGAUGUGGUGUGUAUUUAUCGGAUUAGGAGAGCUUGUAUGGGGUCAGGUCAUUGCAACCAUCCCAACAAGUAGGCUAAAGUUUUUAAAGGAGGCAGGGAGGCUCACUGAGAAGGAGGAGGUUCCUGAAGAAGAACUCAAUGAAGAUGUUGAGGAAAUCGAUCAUGCAGAAAGAGAACUUCGACGUGGACAAAUUCUUUGGUUCAGAGGGCUCAACAGAAUUCAAACCCAGAUCCGCGUCGUGAAGGCAUUCCGUAGCUCUCUCUAUGAAGGUUUAGAAAAACCAGAAUCUAGAACCUCUAUUCACAACUUUAUGACUCAUCCUGAAUUUAGGAUAGAAGAUUCCCAGCCCCACAUCCCACUCAUUGAUGACACUGACCUAGAAGAAGACCCUGCUCUCAAGAAAAACUCGAGUCCACCGUCUUCGCUGAACAAGAACAACAGUGCUAUCGACAGUGGAAUAAAUCUUACAACUGAUACAAGUAAAUCAGCUACCUCUUCUAGUCCAGGAAGCCCAAUACAUAGCCUGGAGACAUCACUUUAGCUGAAAAGGUCACUGCAAAAAAAAAAAAAAAAAAGAAAAAAAAAGAAAAAAAAAAGAAAAAAGAAAAAAUUAAAGUAAAGUAAAGUAAAAAAAUCCGCAGCAACCGAAAUAUAUAAAUAUAUAUAUUAAAAACAUUGCUGGCUGAAAAGCUGUUUGAACUCUUAUUCACUCUGAGACAAGUGAAUGAAUUGUUGAUCACAAUGGUUUUGGGGAAGGAAUGAAUGGCUGAUUUACAUACCCCUCCCCCCCUACCUUGUUCCCUUUCUGAAAAACAAAAACAAACAAAAAAAUAUCCUGCAUGAAUGUACUAUACACUUCUGGCCCUUCUUUCUCUCUUUUUCUUUCUUUUUCUUUCCUUUUUUUCCUUUUUUUUUCUUUUUCUUUUUUCCUCCUUAAGCAGGAACUGCAGAGGACUUCUUUCUGAGGCUAUUUAUCCAAUUCACUGGUCUGUGAGUUUUUUGAAAUGCUUGUGUGGCAUGGACUCAAUUGUAUAGAUUAAUUUAAAUAACUUUUUUGAAGUUGCAAAGCUUAACUUGCACAGUAGAUUUGCACCAGUUGGACAGAGGAACUUAAACACUUAUGAGACUAUAUAUAGAGAUAUAUACAUAUAAUUAUAUACAUAAUUAAUUAUAUAUAUGUAUAUAUCUAUCUAUAUAUAUAUAGUUAUAUAUAUAUAAAGUUUCUUUGUUGGCAUGUUGCCUUGUUUCUGCUCAAAUUGCUCUGACUAUUUUAACUUAUUUAUGUCCUAAAAAGAAUGUAAUUUGUUUACAAACCUGUAGAUAAUAUCCUUAACUAUUUGUAGGGUUAAGAAAGCACUUCCUGCCGAAGUAGUAUAAAAAUGGCUCAGCUCAGCUCAUCAAAAACAUCUGUAAUAUCACACUCUGGAUAUUUUAUUACAGCCAUGUGAUGAUUUCUGCCUGAGUUUUUGUUGGCUUUCUUUUUUUCUCUUUUUUUAGUAGUAUAGAUACUGGUAGUAAAUAACAAAAGAAGCCAAAAUAUAACAUGUUGGAUGUAGCAUUGUGAUCAUAUAUACAGGGAGGUAAACCAGGCUUCCUUUGUUUCAAAUAAAAAUUAAAAUAACCAGGUUCUCUCUUCUCUCCCCCUUGUAUUUCACUCCCCUUCUAGUAAUCUGCUUGAAUUUCUUUUGGUGCAGCAUACCAUAAUGGAAGCUAUUUCAUUCAUUAAAUGUGGCUUCCAGAAGAUACCUUUAGAGAGCUAUUCUAUGAAACUGAGUUGAGUUUAUAAAUAUAAUUUAAAAUAAGUUAUAUUUGGUUUGUCUAUCUGGAGAUAAAACUAAUGUUGAAAUAUUGUGAUAUAUUGUGUUAAUCUUUUUCAGUUAGUGAUGUAGGCAGUUAUUUCCAUACUACUUACAAGGUACGGGCUGUUGGCAUUUUGGAUGAAAAUCACUGUAGACUGUCGCUUGGAUUUUUUAAAAGAAAACUAUAAUUUCUGCACUAUUAAGUCUGAAUGAAACUUUAUGAAUUGUAUAUA